AUGAGUUUAGCCUAUGAGAGAAAUGACAUCCCUCCAAGAAGUCCAAGAUUUGUGACUAAAAUCGAUCCAUCAGAAAUUAAGCUUGAAUCACAUAUUCUUAAAGUUAAAAUGCUAUGGGAGCGCAAAAAACAUACAAAUAAAAUUAGUAAUGAUAAGAAAUUCAUCAACAGAACUCAAGUUGAAGGAGAUUAUAAUGUUAAGGAACUUGAGGAGAGUAAAACGCGCUUAGAUGGAAUAAAAAUAAUUGAGGGUAAAAAGUCACUCAAGACAAGGUCAAAUGUACAGAUGGGUAAUUAAAACGAUGCUAAGCAAUCGAAGGUUCUCGAGACAACAAGCAAGAAGACCUAUGAUGAAAAAAAUAUAUCUGAAUCAAAGCCAUUUAAUGACGGAAGAUAAAUUGGCAGAUCAAUGAAAAAGACAAAUUUCAGAUUGGGUUUCAGAGCUGAUAAAAGUCUAUAUAAGAAUAGAUAGCAAGUGAAUUAGACAGUUAUAAAUGCAAACUCUGACAAAAGCUACAGUAAUUUAAUCGAAGAAAUUACUGACUCAAAUGCUGAUAAGCCAACAAAGACCAUGAAAAAUUUGAAUAUGCUUCACUCAAUGAGACUAACGAAUUUCAAAAUUGGUGAUAAAAUUGCCAGAUAUUAAACAACAAAUGCAGAUGCUUUUAAACCAGUAAAUGUUGCAUAAAAUGUUGAGAAAUAUAUUAGAAACAGAAGUUAAAUUAACACUGAUGUUAUCAAUUCCAAGAAGGCGCAUUUUGAUCUUGGGUUUGACAACAGCAUUCUAUAAAUAACUCCUAAGAAUGCAAAUUUUGAGCAAUAUGAUAAAAUGAGAAAGAAAAAAUUCAUGUCUCUCAUUAACUACUGGAAGAAUUAGUAGUAUUAAAUAGAAAUGCAGUAGAAAGCAACAAGUGACUUUAAACAUAAAAAAGAUUAAGAUAACCAUUUUCAAACAGUUAACCAGAUGUAUCAAAUGAUUUAAGAUUAGCCUUCAGAACUUAGGAGUAUUUCACAGGAAAAUUUUGUUCCUCAUCAUAAGCUAAUAAGCUAAGAACUCAGUCUUUCGCCCUCUAUUCUGCUUGAUAAUCCCCCAACUGGCAUUCAGAAAACUAAACUCAGGCAGCAAACAGCACAGUUUCGAUUCGGUCCAGUUACUAGAGGAGAGUUUAACUAGAGUGUGAGGCUUGAUCAGUCUUUAUCUAACUAAACUUUCGUUGCCUACAAUGACCAAGAUAAUUAUUUUGAGAGGCAUAACAGAAUGAAAGAUAUUUAGAAACAAUAUUAAGAAAGUCAUUUCAGACUGGCAUAUCAACAGUAAUCCCCAGAUAGUAAAAAUUAAUUAGGCCAUCUUGAUACAAUAUAUGAGCCGUAAGCAUAAUUGAGGUCUGAAACUAUAGAUAAAUAUCCAUAAUACGAUAAUUCUCUGUAUCAAAGUCCGCCUAAGAGGUGUCAAUCAAAUCAUAGAAAAGUUAGAAAAAAUAUUGAGAUACAAAUGGCUAAAAUGCCUGGCUAGGAUUCAAACUUUUUCAAAACAGUCAAAGUGGAUUUUGACAUUUAUAACACUUAAGGGGAAAUUUAAAAACUCAAGGAUACUCUCUUAAGUGCUUGCAAGUCUUCAAAUGAUUUUAAAAAUAAAACGAUGACAAAUUUCAAAUUUGGAUUUACUCUCAAUGAAUUAGAUUCAAAGAGUAACACUAAACUAUCUUAAAAUCAAAAUCUUAAAAUUAAAAUUGAUGAGAAUUUCGGAAUGGAUUAUAGAGAAAUGAUUUAGAGAAGACAGAGAAAAGAUAAUGUGAAUUCAAUAUUAAGAGAAAGACCAAGAACGAUAGAUUAACACUAGACAUGCAAUAGCACAUUUUAUUAGUGGAUUUAGCCAGUUCCUAUUAAAAACAAACAGAGAUUAAAGCCACUGUGA